ACAGCCUUUUUGAAGUGAACAUGGAUUUAUAUUACACAGCAUUAUAAAACUAUAAAAUUGAAAAUCAAUUCUAUUUUAUGCUGGAAGAACAUCUUAUUUAUAUCAAAGUACUAUUCAAUAAUGCAGAUGAAAGCUCUAAUAUGAUAAAAACAUAACAAACCAACGUUUAAUUGGAAAUCGAAGGUUUAUGAAACAUGUGAUUUGUGUGCCAUCGUAAAUAAACCUAAAAAGUUUUUUUUCAAAAAAAUAUUUUUAUUUACACUUUCAAAAAGUCAUGCUUCCUCAUUUUGGAAGUGAAAUACUUUGGGUUUUCUUUUUUACGGUAAUACUAGAAGUUAUAUUUUAUCCUCAAAUAAAUUGCCAUAAACAUGAAUCAGCUUUACCACCAGUUGUUGAAAUUGUGAAAGUGCCCAGUGACGCAUCCUUGAGAGAUGACGAUCUGGUGGCAUUUCGCUACUCACUGAAACACGACAAGACAGCGCCCAACAAAAAACUACACAAACUGCCCGAGAGGGUUCGAGACGACGACAUUCAGUUGGAGUAUUCGUUGAAAUGCCCCGUCGACAAUAAAACCAAGCAGGAGCGCAACUUGGCUCAGCUGGUAGCGGUCAUCUACAGGAAACUGGAUACCAGCGACAAGGAACGAACGGUUACUUUCUAUCUGCCAGGACCUGCUACUGUCCCGGUUUUCAGGGAACCGAUAACUGAUUGCACAUCUGAAUCUGCUCCUAAAACCACCUACGUGUACAAAGGAUGUGGGGGAGAAUGAAGAAACAAUAUGGAUGAAAUUAUAAUGUGAUAAUGUAGAAUUGAUAUCUUGAGCAGCCUACGUUCGUGUACAAAGGCUAUGGAGGAGAAUGAGGAAAAACAAUGGAUAAAACUAUAAUGUAAUAAAGUGAUAUCUUGAGUAGCUUCGAAGAAAGCAACUUAAUUCGUAGGACUGCAAAGAAAGUUGGAGAUGUUUCUAUGAAAAUCGUUGUGAGAAUGACAACUUGAAGAAAGAAAAAUGCAAUAUAUUGUGAAUAAGUUGACUACUGUAUUUAAUUGAAAUGAGAUUGAAAACUCUGAAUCAUAAAUUAAAUAGGUAUCCGAAAUUGCAAAUAAUCAAGUGUUAUACACCGAGAAGAAGGAUGAAAGCCUCAAAUUUAUCUCUGAAGUGUUUUCACUUCAGUUAUUAACAAAAAUAAAAAUUCAAAUAAAUAAUAUCAAAUAUGUUAUUCUAACAAUAAACUCACGAUUCAAGAAAAUUCAGAUAAAUAUAAAAGUUUACUUCCAAUGCAAACAAUUUAAAUUUGUCCAUAAAAAUAGUAUAUUCAAGUUAUGAGUGUAAUGCCUCAAUACACUGAAAAUAGAACAUCUUUCAAAAACCCUUGUAAAAUGUAAAUAAUAUAA